AGCGCCUGCUUCAUUCUUGUGUCGUCUGUCUCUCUCUCUCUGUGUGUGUGUGUAUCGUCGGUGGGUCGGUCCGAAAAACCUUCCAAAUGUGCUCGUUUAGCCCCAAAAUGGGCCUCUGUGUUAUCUCGUGAAUGUCUCAACGCGUCCGACGCCUCUAAAAACAUGUAAUGUCUUGCUUUUGUGCCGUAUUCAGCGUUCCCUUCAACGCCUCGUGUCAAACGUAGCUACUGCAAAUGGCGUGAGAUAACGAAGUUUCUUUUUGAAAAUGAAUUUCGCCGUUAUUUUCGCUUUUAUGCAGAAAUUCGGAACGACAAGUGGCUUGCAAAACAUCGACUUCUUGAUCCUACAGGAGAUGCUCGAAAACACGCAGGAAGUACCUCAAGACCUGAUCGACUUCAACAUCAAGCUCAUCAACGAGCGUUGUGAGCGAACCGUAAUAAAAUUUUGCCACACGUUUUGUUCACAAGAUGCGUGGGAAAUCUAACGUUUCGGCUACAAAAAGGCUCGUCUAUCUUCAAAAAUCCGCGUACUCAAGGAACUCCUCGAAAUGCAAUUCGAUCACAACACGCGUUUCAAGGCCGAAAUAAACAAAAUGUCGGCUGAAGAACUUCGCUCGCAGUCAUUGGGUAGAGACAAACAAGGCCACGCCUACUGGUACCAGGACGACAUCAAUUGUCAAAUUCGUGUGUAUAAAGAAGAUCCUGAUGAAGAAACGUGGACUUUGGUUCUCUAAGGAUGGGGACGGUCUUGUGACACUGAUGAACGAAUUGAGUGACGGCGAUUCGAAGAUCAGUUCCGAAUCAGCGAUAAAUGAAGAAGAUAUCAAUACUGGUCAAAUCGAUUCUUCUUCUGGAUCGAAGAAACUGGCGAAGAAAUAAAUUCUGCAAUUCAAGAUGAAAUGGAAGCUGUUAAGGUGCAGGAAAUCAGGGACGUGGCAAAGACAUCGCAACGCUAGUCAGUGUUGAAAAAGAAGAACUUCCUCGUCGUAGCAACAAUGACAAGUUUGCAUUAAACCGAGAUUUUUCGCUUUUUCGCGUACCAAAUUUUCGCGUUCUUUCAUUUCGUUGAGAUAAUCGGUGAUUUCGCGUUUAUGACUCAAAUAUGCGAUAUAAAAAACAAGAAUAUUUUUUGGUAAAAUUUGGUAAAAAAUUCACCUCUUGAAGGAGUGGUAUAUUGGUAUAUGUUGGUAGACAUUCGGGUGGGUUUACGAACAUUUUUCAUUAUUUCAGUGUCAGAAUUUUGCAUUUUUUCCAAUUGAUUGAAUGUUUUCGCCAGAUUGCAGUUGUUUUCAGUCGAAUUUGAGUGAAAAAUCUCUUGGACCGUCCGAAUCGGCAUUUUAUUGAAAGUGUUUCUCAGGAAAACUUAAGCAUAUUGAGUAUCCCUUUCAGUGUUCGUGAUUUAUCACUGAAAAACUCCUCGGGAUUUGGGAUAACUCACAAAAUUUUUAACAUUAAAGUCACUCGUGUAUUGCUGUUGUUGUGCAGAUAAUUGUUGUGUAUGUUGGUGAUUCUUUAAUUUGGGAUAAUUGUGUGUUUCCAUGGCUUCGUUAAUAAAAGUUUGCACACUUUUUGGUUUUCCCUCAAAUUUGUCACACAUCAUGUGAAGAUAAUCAGGUUCGGCGUCCGGAAGCACUUCCUGGAGGAUUUGAAGCUGGUUUUCCGGGAUAAAUUCUGGGUCAGAUCGCUUUGGAUGCUCAUUGUUUCUCACUACUUCUACUACUCACUGCUUAAAAUGACUGCGAUUAAUUGGUCUACAACUUCAUCUUUGUUUUGACACAAAUUUCGGAUAUAAUGAGGACAAGCAUCGGGAUACAUAAGUGAUGAACCAAUUGGAUGUAGACAUUUUCCGGUUCAUUAAAACCAAUCAAAUUCUAAUUCGGUACAAAACCCAACUUACCGAUCCUGCGACUUUGGAUUUUUUUUUCAUUUUCACUGUCUAAAACCGGAUUGUUUAAAACAUCUCGAAUGAGACGAUUAAUAAGACGAUCUCUUGGUUUGUAGAAUCGAGGCAAACGUAGUUUUUUGCAGUGGUAUUUGAUUACGUUUUCGGGAGCUUUUGUGAAACCUUGGACGUGUUUUACCAAAUCGAAAUAUUCUGCUUCGAUCCAUGUAACGAAUUAACACAAGAAAGUUAAAAUAAUAAAAUCGACAAAACUAGUAGGUACGAAUUAAAAGAGUAACACUAACGAAAUGGUCGAAAUCUGACUCGACUCUGAUAAUCACAUAUUGUAAAAACGCCAAUAAAAGAUUCAAUCUCCCAUCUUUACAAACUAGACGGGUCUGUCUAAAUAUUAAAUUUUUGUACAUGGCCGCAAUGAUUGUGCCUCGUUGUUGGAUAGAUUGUGUUUUUCGGUUCCUCGAUUAAAUUCUCGUUGAGUUAUUACAUUCUAUUCAACAUCAAAUGGAACCAUCAUUGCUAUAAAUUUAAUGUCGGUUUAUUUAAUAAAAUAUGUAUGUAACGACUGUGAUUUGAACUGUGAUUUUUCUAAUAAAAUUUUAACUAUUUA